AAGAGGCCACAUAAGUGGCUGUGGUGACUUCUACGAACUCUAGACUGAAGGACAUUAUGAAUUUAACAACAGUUGUGCACCUGUUUGUACUUUUUGUUUGUACUUUUCCAAGGAGAACAGGUCGUGCAGAAAUGUGGAAAUGAAUGGGAGGUUAUGUAGCAAUGAGGCCAGGCCUAUCCUUGGCAACACUGGAGACUGAAGUCGAAAUUCAGCAUGAAGGAACAAGUCUGCCGCUACCGGUUGGACGACGGCGCGGGCGCCAGUGGGUGUCCAGAGCAAGAGGACAGUCGCUCACAAUUUUAACACCACCUUCCCCGCUGAAAUUCAGCGUUCUCUUUGCACAACAGGCAGCGUGCCCGCUUUUCCUUCACUGCAGGCAUGGGAAAGACUCUGGCUUAGAGUCCGAAGCUCACUCGAGGCAGGGGGAGGGCGAAACUAACUUUGGAGUUUAAAAUUAUUCCGACAGCCCCUCAGUAUCCUCCCCCUCCGGGUGGAGUUUAACAGAUCAAUUAAAAGCUCCUGCACGCUCGCCGCGGCUGAUUUACUGCGUGUUGGAACCGACUUAAAGCGAGGUUUUCAAUGGCACUGGAAGCUUUCAAACUCUUGAAAGAAGCCAUUUUGAAGAUUUGUCCCUCCGUAGCGAAAGUCACUCAGAAUGCGGCGUUAACAGCAGUCCUGUAUGGAAUUGAAUACAUGAUGGAGAAAAACAACCGGUGUCCUUGUGAUCCGGAAUGGAACCGGACCUACGCCUUGACUACUUUUAUUACGCCUGCAACUUUCUUCUUUAUGGUCAGUUUGCUGACGUUACCGGCUUCACGGAGACUGCUCAAGUGUGCGGUCUGCUACUGCCCCCGUCGCGGUGAGACCUCCCCCACCCCCAGUCAGGGUGAGACCUCCCACACCCUCAGUCGCGAUGAGACCAGCAGCACCCAGGGUUGCUGUAAGAACUACUGCACCUGCAGACAAUGGCUAUUUGGACUGGCCACAUUGAUGAAAGUAUCGAUCCCAUCUAUCAUAUGGGUAGUCAUUCUGUUACUGGACGGGGAUUACUAUACCUGUUAUUGGUUACCGUCAAACAAUCAGACGGCCCGCAUUCCGAAAUGCAAAGACUUUUGCAACAUCACAGCUUCCCUCGAAGAGCGCCGCCUUUGCACUGCGUCUCAAUGGAUUGGUGCUAUUGUCUUGGCGGUGACUGUGAGCCUGUUGGUAGUUUUUUACUUCCUUCAGUGGUGCAAGUGUACCGACUGCACUCAGGAGAGAUAUUACGAGGAAAAGUUUCAGCAAAAACUGGCGGAAAAGAAACGGACCAAGAUGAAGGAGGAAUUGGAAAAAAUAGCAACAGAAUGUGCAGAGGUGGAGGCCGGAAAGCUCAUUGGUAAAAUGAACCUGGGCAAUACAGAGCAGGGCCAACAGCAAUCCAACCAGUCAACAGAAAAUUAUGCUGCUGCCGCUAACCCCAACCCUAAGAGAGGUGUAUCUCCCCCUCACCGAAUUUGUGACAAUAUCCAACUGGAGAGUCUUUCACCUUUACUGUUGCAACCCGGGAGCGUUCAGCGGUCGACCACAACUCAACCAAGACAGAAUUCACUUCCUCAACACCGCCGAUUUGAAACUGGUGCUACAAACAGCAGUCACAAACUGGAAACUCAGAUAUAUUUCACAUCCUUCGGCAAACCCGUCCCCAAAUUCCACUGACGAAAAGCCACCAGCCAAAGCACACGCCCCGAGGGAUUGUAAAGUUACACCACCACCUCAUCACCACAAUACCUGCACAAGACUGGAGGAUUUUCAACUGCUCAGUAACAACCCUGAUUUUGGACAGAGUGGUUAAACAAAUAAGGCUCAGACACCAAGUCAAACGUUCGUUUCACCAGCGGCCGCGACAUCAACGAGGGGACAAAGAUACAAGACAAGAGGCGGGUCAUUUAAAACUGAGGCGAGAAGAACUUUCUUCUCACAGAACGUGGUGAAUCUCUGGAUUCUUGGCCCGAAUGAUGGUGGAGGACAUAUGAUUGGAUAUAUUUAAGCUGGACGUAGAUAACUAUUUGACAGAUCGACCAAUUGGGGGUUAUCAGGAACUGGAACAGAGGAGUUGAAGCAAGGGGCAGAUCAGCCAGGAUCAUAUUUAAUAGCGGGACAGGCGUGAGGGGCCUGGUGACUAUUCCUGCUCCAAUAGAACAUGGAACAGUACAGCACCGGACAGGCCAUUCCGCCCACGAUGACGUGUCGUUCGUGAUGCCAAUUUAUACUAAAUCUCCUCCUCCUGUGCAUCAUCCGCAUUCCUCCAUUCCCCUCAUAUUCGUGCGUCUAUCUAAAAGCCUAUUAGACUCCACCAAACUGUCUGCUUCCACUACUACCCGUGGUGACCUAUUCCAGGCACCUAGCACUCUCUGGGUAAUACAAAAAAAAAACUCGCUCCUCACGUCGCCGAUAAACGUUCCCCUUUUAACCUUAAAAGCACGUUCUCUGGUGUUUGACAUUUCUACCUUGAGGAACAGAUCGGACUGCUUACCCAUACCUAUGCCUUUCAUAAUUUUACAAACCUUUACAGGAGCCUCUUCCAGCAUCUGGACUGUUGUGUCGGUCUCGCUGUCGCGGGCAGAGCGCUGCGGGAUAUCGCUGACGGCGAGCUCACAGUAAACAGCUGAGCUUCCAGCCACAGCACAACAUUAGCUCGGACUUCACACUGCAGGCUUGUAGUACCUUUUCCAGAAAUUAAUAAGGACGCUUUAUUUUGCAUUACAGCAGCGGCUAACCUUGAAAUGCCCCUCACAAACUGUGAGAUGCUUGCGCUGCAUCUAUGUUAUUACGCUUUUGUGUUCUGAAAGAGUUGUCGAACCUCUGGUCCAUGGCCGAGGGUUCUCCUACAGUACAAGGGCCCUGAGCCAAUGUACACAACGUUAUUAAAAACCCGUCCGAGCAACUGAAGGCACAGGCAGCAAACACCUAAAGCAAAGCCCACGCACAGAAUCUUUACGGUAGAUAAACUAAGUCGGGCCAUGACCUACCCCAGGAUCCCAAUCAACCCCGUAAUUCUUAAGCAUGAUUGCUCCUUCAGCGGCAUAAAAACCUCGUUUGAAGGGUAUUUAAAAUGAAUUUCUGUACAAUCCUAGUCUGGAAUAGAUUAAGGCAAGUGGAGUAGGAUAUGUAGCCCAAAUCAAAAUGGAUAAAAGUGAAGUCAAUGGAAAACCUUCAGUGGUUGGAGUCACAUUCACACAAAGGAAGAUGGUUGUAGUUGUUGGAGAUCAAUCACCCCAGCCCCAGGACAUGACUGCAGGAGGUCCUGUGGGCAAGGAAGGACUGUAUGGA